AUGCAAGUGAUAGAAGGACUCGUCGGUUUACUCAUCGGCCUCAUCGGUUAUUAUUUGACGCGGAAAAUCGGAAAAUUAAUGAAAAAAUUACCACCAGGUCCAUACGGUUUACCCAUAGUCGGAUAUUUACCAUUUAUUGAUGCUAAAAAUCCUCACUACACGUUAACGAAACUAUCGGAAAAAUAUGGUAAAAUAUACAGCAUACAAAUGGGUAAUAUAUUCACAGUUGUUUUGUCUGAUGUGAAACUCGUACGUCAGGCACUUGCCAUGGAUAUUUUUACCGGAAGAGCACCUCUUUAUCUAACACAUGGUAUAAUGAAAGAUAAUGGAAUAAUAUGCGUUCAAGGUGAAAAAUGGAAAGAGCAAAGGAAAUUUGUCGUUAAUAAUUUACGAAAUUUCGGUAUGGUUAAAUUCGCAACGAAAAAACGGGAUAAAAUGGAAGAAGGGAUAAGAUGCGGAGUCGAGGAAUUGAUAAAAAAAAUAAAAACCCGCGAAGGGAAACCGUUAAACGUUGAACAUUUACUCAUGCACACACUCGGCAACGUUGUUUUUAAUUUAGUCUUUGGAAAAGUCUGGAACGAAAAUGACGAAACUUGGAAAAAGUUAAUUAAUCUACAGGAAGAGGGUACGAAAUUAAUCGGCGUUGCCGGACCGAUAAAUUUUUUACCCUUUCUAAGAUUUCUUCCAAAAUAUAAAAAAGUAAUAAAAUAUUUAAAAACUGGAAUCGAAUACAGUCAUGAUAUAUAUCAAAAAAUAUUACAAGAAUAUAAAAAAAAUGAAAAAUCUAUGGAUGAUGAUAAUAUCGAACCGGAAAUUGAUCAUUUUUUAGGAGCUUUCCAUUGGGAAAUGGAAAAAAGGAAAAAUGAAAAAAGUUUUUACACAAAUUAUCAAUUUAAUUAUUUAAUGGCUGAUUUAUGGGGAGCUGGUGUCGACACUACGAUAACGACUUUGAGAUGGUUUUUAUUUUACGUUGCACACGACGACAAAAUACAGAAAAACAUUCAAAAUGAAAUAGAUGAAGUUUUAGGCGACGUGAAAACCGUCAUAACUCUCGAUGAUAUUUCAUCCCUUCCAUACUUUCAAGCAUGCAUAUCAGAAUGUCAAAGAAUCCGGUCUGUCACACCUUUGGGAAUACCACACGGUUCAUUGGAGGACGCUGUAUUGGACGGAUACCACAUACCUAAGGGUACCAUGAUUAUACCUCUUCAGUGGGCCAUUCACAUGAAUUCAUCGUAUUAUAACGAGCCAAAUGUUUUUGAUCCAACCCGGUUUCUGGACGAUGAUGGAAAAUAUAAAAAACCAGAAGCAUUCAUACCCUUUCAGACCGGUAAAAGAAUGUGUUUGGGAGAAGAAUAUGCUAAAAUGUUACUUUUUCUUUUUGCCGGUGCCAUAUUGAAUAAUUUUCAUUUAUCUCUUGAUUAUUAUGAGGAUUUCGAGGGUGAACCUGGUAUCACAUUAACGCCCAAAAAACAUUUGAUUAUAUUUACACAAAGGAAAUAA